CUGGGUGGGGUGGGUCGGAGGCCGCCCUUCCCUUCUUCUUUUGCUCUCCCAUUCCGAUUCCGAUUCCGAUUCCAAUUCUUCUUCCUCCUCCUCCUCCUAACAACCUUGGAUUGGAUUCACAUCAUCAAUCAAUCCUCUUUGAUUUUUGCCGCAGGAAGGAUGAUGAUGCCCAUGCCCAUGCCCUCGUCGUCGUCGUCGUCGCCGUCUAUGGCCGCCGCCGCCACCAAAUCUCCCCUCCUCCCUCCCCCAUUCCUCUCCGCCUCUCCCCGCCCGCACCUCCGCGCCGCCUUCCUCGCCCUCAGACCCCGCCGCGUUCCGCUGCUCGCCACGCCCGCCCCGGAUGCCACGCCCGCACCGGACGCCACCACCACCAACAACCCCUUCGCCGCGCUCGUCGACGCCCCCCGCACGCUGUGGCGCCGCACCCUCCAGCCCCUGGGGGACUACGGCUUCGGCAAGCGCAGCGUCUGGGAGGGCGGCGUCGGCCUCUUCAUGGUCUCCGGGGCCGCGCUCCUCGCCCUCGCCCUCGCCUGGCUCAGGGGAUUCCAGCUCCGCUCCCGAUUCCGCAAGUACAACACCGUCUUCGAGUUCACGCAGGCCUGCGGGAUCUGCGUCGGCACGCCCGUACGCAUACGAGGGGUCACCGUCGGAUCCGUCGUCCGCGUCGACUCAUCCCUAAGGAGCAUCGAUGCGCUAGUCGAGGUCGAAGAUGAUAAAAUCAUUAUACCACGCAAUUCACUGGUUGAGGUCAAUCAGUCUGGUCUUCUAAUGGAGACACUCAUUGAUAUCACACCAAAGGAUCCACUCCCCGCACCUUCAGUAGGGCCACUUCACCCAGACUGUGCCAAAGAAGGCUUGAUUCUCUGUGACAAACAGAGGAUCAAAGGACAGCAAGGAGUAAGCUUAGAUGCCAUGGUCGGAAUAUUUACCCGUCUAGGAAGAGACAUGGAGGAAAUUGGUGUUAGCAAAAGCUAUAAGUUGGCUGAAAAAGUUGCAUCCAUAAUGGAAGAGGCACAACCUCUUCUUACACGGAUUGAGGCCUUAGCUGAAGAAAUCCAGCCUAUGCUCUCUGAGGUUCGUGGUAGCGAUCUGCUCAAGGAUGUGGAGACUAUAGCUAAAGGCCUGGCUGAUGCGUCUGGUGACUUGAGGAGGCUCAAGUCGUCCAUGCUAACCCCAGAGAACACAGAUCUCAUUAAGCAGUCUAUUUUCACCCUUAUAUUUACGCUCAAGAACAUCGAGAGUAUCAGCUCGGACAUCUCUGGCUUCACGGGUGAUGAGACGACACGGCGGAACAUCAAGCUUCUGAUCAAGUCUCUUAGCAGGCUAUUGUGAUUGGUUUUGGAUUGGAUGGUGAUUGCUGGAAACGGGGGGUUUGAUGUUGGUAGAGUAGGGCGGCUGGCUGUCUUGACUGAGGUAGGAAGAAGUGAAGGAAUAGCUAAUUAGAGCAUCUCCAACAAAAUUGCCAUCCCACUCUCCAAGCCAAAAUUUGGUAAGUUAAAUGGAGAGCCAAAAAUGGAUAGUCAGUUGGAGUUGCUCUUAGUGUUCCUCAAGGUUUUGGUUGUUCUUGUUGCAAGUUUACCAAACAGUCUAAAAUUCAAUCCGAAUUUCCAAAAAAAAAAAGGAGCAAGCGUGAGGAGAAAUCUCCCUACUUGCUGAGCUGUUAGGCCCAUUUUUUGGUGUUGACUCGGCCGAUCGUCCUUUGUUGGCUGGGCCAACGUGUAACGAAGUGAAGAAAUACACGAUAUUUUCUUGUGUUUGCCCCA